UGUAUUUCUCAGGGUGGAGCUAAUGCUGGGCAUACUAUCUACAAUGCAGAAGGGAAAAAGUUUGCGCUUCAUCUUGUUCCUUCUGGUAUUCUGAACGAGGAUACUCUGUGUGUUAUUGGGAAUGGGGUUGUAGUGCACCUGCCGGGGUUGUUUAAAGAGAUUGAUGGUCUUGAGGCAAGUGGGGUCUCUUGCCAGGGAAGGAUAUUGGUAUCUGAUCGUGCUCACCUAUUGUUCGAUUUCCACCAAGUAUUGGAUGGAUUGAGGGAAGCCGAGCUUGCUAAAUCUUUCAUCGGCACCACCAAGAGAGGCAUUGCACCCUGCUACUCCAGCAAGGUUAACCGCAAUGGCAUUAGAGUAGGUGAUUUGAGGCAAAUGGAUACUUUCCCCCAGAAGCUUGAUGUUAUAUUGUCAGAUGUAGCAUUAAGGUUCAAAGAUUUCAGCUAUGGUCCAGACGUGCUAAGGGAAGAAGUUGAAAAAUACAAGAGAUAUACUGAGAGGUUGGAACCAUUUAUUGCUGAUACUGUGCAUGUCAUGAAUGAGGCCAUAACACAGAAAAGGAAGAUUUUGGUUGAAGGAGGACAAGCAACCAUGUUGGACAUUGAUUUUGGAACUUAUCCUUUUGUUACAUCGUCUAGCCCAUCAGCAGGCGGGAUAUGCACUGGUCUUGGUAUUGCUCCAAGGGUGAUUGGUGAUUUAAUAGGAGUGGUGAAGGCAUACACUACAAGAGUUGGUUCCGGACCUUUUCCUACUGAAAUUCUGGGUUCAGGGGGUGAUCUCCUCAGAUUUGUCGGGCAGGAGUUUGGCACAACUACUGGCCGUCCUCGGCGGUGUGGCUGGCUGGAUAUAGUAGCCUUGAAAUACUCAUGUCAGAUAAAUGGUUUUUCAUCGUUGAAUCUUACCAAGCUGGAUGUUUUAUCAGAUCUUGAAGAAAUUCAGUUGGGUAUUUCUUACAAACUCGAUGAUGGCACCUUAAUCAAAUCAUUUCCCUCUGACCUCCGUCUUCUUGAGCAAUUGAAGGUGGAAUACGAAGUACUUCCAGGAUGGAAGUCCGAUAUUUCUUCCGUAAGAAACUACUCUGACCUUCCAAAAGCUGCACGACAAUACGUGGAAAGGGUAGAAGAACUUGUGGGGGUCCCUAUUCACUACAUUGGUGUUGGACCUGGACGUGAUGCCCUCAAAUACAAAUGA